CCGGUUGAUCCGUCGAUCAGAGCUAGCUUGACAGCGACCAGCAGAGCUAAAGCAGGUAGAGAUCAUUUCUGGGGGUUUCACAUUUUUUUGCAUCAUUUUCGAGUCGGCCGGAGGCGAAAGUCCACAGCCGGGUUGCGCCACAACGUUUCAAACAUGCCCAAACACGAGUUUGAGGUGGCGAUGACGUGUGAGGGUUGUUCAGGAGCAGUGACCAGAGUCCUCAACAAGCUGGCAGGUGUGACAUUCGAGAUCGACCUGCCUCAGAAGCUGGUGUGGAUCGAGUCCGACAAAGACGUGGAAGUUCUCAUGCAGACACUGCAGAAAUGUGGAAAGGAGGUCAAGUACAACGGCACUAAAUGAAGGAAUCUGGUUUACAUAGAACAGGAAUUCAUUGCUGCUGGUGCAAAGUGAAGAUUUAUCCUGAAUUAGAAGCUCUUUGCCUGUCUGGAAGAGUCUGAUGGAUCCUAGUGACCACCCUCCCCUCUUAGAUGCCAACGGCUCACACGCACAAAACUCCCCUUGGAUGCAGAUCUUCUCUCAGUGAUUUAACGGGGUGAAUGACAACAAACCCAAAGAUCAUAAUGUUAGCACUGUAUCAGUCAUCCUCAUAUUGUGAUUUCUUCCAACAAGGUGGCCUGUAUUUCCUGUUUGGAUGUUUUUUGAAAUCUUAGCCAUCCUACAUCUUUAAUUUCCGGGACGUGGCAGUCAUUUAGUUUUGCUUUCAGUUAUCUUUAUUUGAUAAACAAUAUACAAGGACAAGGCGGGGCUGUACAGUCACAUGAAAUGAUCUGGAAUGUAAACUCCAGCUGUAAAAUUAAAAACAUAAUUUCAUGCAACUGGAUAUUUUAAGCCUAGCUGCCAUUUUCAUGUUAUUACAUUUGCAACUGUUUUUGCUUUUAGUGUAAAAGGCCAAAGCUCAAAGCUGCAGGACAAGACACUCUUAGAAUACAUUCCCUGUGUUGUAAAACUUACUGCAAACUAUUGGCUGUGUUUGCCUGAACUACGAUGACUCAGUAUUAUUGAAUUUGUUGGAUUUGACAUAAUGAAACAUUGUAUGAACGUGUGUAGACCUGCUCCAAGGAGGAGCCUCAGUCUGUCUCCCUUCCCUUCAGGGACCAUCCGCUGGACUCGUUUUUGUAAAAUUCCUUCCUAUUAAAUUCACAGUUUACACUACAGUAAUCCAUUAAAGCCACAGGUCAAAUGUAUUGAUUGAUUCGUA